GUGCGCAAUGUUUGCCAAAAUAGAGAGCCUACGGGCCCUUGUGAAGAAAACAGCUCUCUUCUUCUCUCUUUUCCACUCUCAUUUCUCUGAUCUACAUACUCUCUCUCUCUCUCUCUCUCUCUAAACAACAAUGGCGUCUUCUUCUAGAACCAGAUCCAGUGGACCAGUAGUUCACUUAUCGAACGGUUUUCACCGUUCCAUCUCUCCUGGGAGAUUCUCUUCCCCGACUGCAUCGUCGUCUGCUUCUGCUUUUGCUUCGUCUAGUUCGAGUUUUACCUCCCGAUCUACCGGUUUUUUUACUAGAUCGGCCUCCCCGACUCGGGUGAACCUGUACGGUUCACACCCUUGCGCUCCCUCCGUUCGUUUCUCUCUAGAUCGGUCGAUCUCUCCCAACCGGUCGAUUGCUGUAGCUCCUCGCAAUCAGGUCGUAAGAAAACUGAGUAAUCCGUUGUCCGCUCCGUCGUCUCAGAAGAGAACGUGCCUGUGCUCUCCAACCUCGCAUCCCGGGUCUUUCCGUUGCAGUCUCCACAAAAACAUGAACAACCAAGCGGUGUCCUAUCCGUCGAAUCGGUUGAAUGCGCGGAGGUCGGCGAUGACGAAUUCGCUUGUUCGGAUCGGGACCGUCGAGGGAGAAUGGGUUAAACGUGCCUUGGCCGCCCUAAUCCGGCCUUCUUCUCAUCAGCAGAGGAGAAGAGCGGCUUUCCAGCCGCGCCCUAGCAGGCUUUCGAUCAUGUCGAAGGCCGAGGAUUUAUGAUAGUCGUUUUGAGCAGGUUCGUUUGUUUUAUUUCCCCCUCCGAUCCCCUAAAAUCUUUUGUAUUCCCAGUUUUCCGGCUCCGGCGAAGUCAGAUUCCGGCGGGAUUGUUUUUGCAAUCUGGAGGGAACGACAAACUCUCAGGUGGAUCAAUUCAUCGACUGGUGCACGGAUAGAUCAUCACCUACUAUCACCGAAUUUUUGUACUUCGGAGACAAAUUACCCCAAAAGCUGUGACAGGACCGUCUCCAUCUCCCUUCAACCACCGUUGUAUAUAUCAAUUUGCAGCCAUUUUUAGGCUAUUGAAGGAGUUAUCAGAGACUAAAAUUCUAUCA